CUGACCCUGUCAUUAGCGAUAAAAAUGAAAUGAUAUAAUGUGUUAUGUUUUGUUUUUAAAUAACAGUUGAUAACCUAUCUGUUCACAUAAAACAUUUUUUUUAUUAUUGUUUACUUACUAUUGAACACUUUGGCUUUGUGAGCUGGCUCGCGAGUACAAAUCCGCCAUUUUGAAAUAUCUGUCUGGAGCAUUGGCGACACUCUUCAUUUCAAUCAUACUCGGCUCCGUUCGGCUGAGCAUUGCUCCGAGCAGUUAUUAGGGUUGGCACAACUUGACAUCCCUAUGCGUGCACAACCAUAGAUAAGACAAUGACUUGAAUCACAACCCUAAAGAGCCUAAAGGGAUAGUGCCUUACAUUAGAAAGGGUCAGCAUGUUUCGUCACUGAAUCGCUGUCAAACUUCGGUUUUGUAGGAAGUGUCAUUUCUGUACGGUAUUCCUAUUAUUUUAUCUGUGCCUGGUGGUGCCUGGAGCCUUUAUAUAUCAAUAUCAGUUUGUUUUUAGCCAUGAUAUGAAAAAGAUAAGACCAGCCGAAAUGUCACACCAUUCUGUGCGUGUCUCCAAGCACGUCGAGACGCAAUAGACGCAUCAUGGCUAUAUCCACGUGAUAAAAAAGUGUCACUAUACUGUCACUUUUUAACACGAUUGAAAUAGACUGACAUUGUCAUUAAUCAUUGUCACUGUCACGUGGACAAGUCCGACCGUCAUAACCAGAACUUAUGAAUAGCUUGUUCAGUACCGCUCGACAAGUUCAACCGAAUAUUUAGUGCAUUUGAUCUUCAUACAUUUCUUGAUUCCACGAUGGCGGCUAUAACUUUUGGGCCCGUGUCAGCGCUGCUGCUGGCGGCGCUGUUCUGCGCGCACGCCGACAAAGUCAUCACGCGCUCGUGCGGCACCCGCGGCCUCGGGUUCCGCGUGCGGCAAUACCCGACCGACACAGAGGCCACUAGUCUCAUCGCCGACAACUGCCAACUAACUGACGUCGGUACUGCCGACUUCAACGGCCUCCCGUACUUAACCGCCAUCGAUUUAGAACAAAACGAUAUUGUACACAUACACCCUGUGGCAUUCCGAUCGGUUCCUAGAUUAAUGAUACUGGAUGUGAACCGAAAUAAACUGCGCGAUCUACCCGUAUUUGAAGAUCAAUCAUGCCCUAACUUGAAAGUUUUAAACUUGAGAGAAAACCAACUUUACAUUUUAAACAAUUCUAAAGCCUUAUCCGCUUGUACAAAACUAGAAAAGAUAUAUUUAUCUAAAAACAACAUCGAAUAUUUACAUCCUGAUUUAUUUAGCGCUUUAACAGAACUUAAAAUGUUGCUAUUAAAUAAUAACAAAAUUAUCUUCAUACAUGAUUCAUUGUUACUAAAUAACGUUAAGUUAGAAUGGUUGGAAGUACAGAAUAACAGGCUGACAUACUUACCUAAUGAAAUUACAGACGGUUUAAAACAGAUUAAUUUCGACGAUAACCCAUGGCGUUGCGAGUGCCUCCUGGAGCUAUUAAAAGACAUUAAGAAGGAAGGCGUUAAAUAUAAUUAUUGGAUGUACAUUGGGUUAAGGCCGAAGUGUGUGUACACUGCCGUGCAUGCGUGCUCCCGUGCGCCGUCUGGACUGCUCCUGCCCGGUGCCUCAGUGGCUGAAACUCGCUAAGUCUUUUAUGCCGGCUGUACACACUUGUCGCAGUGUGUGUGUGGGGGGGGGGGGGACCUGCAGCGUUCGAGCGUUCUCAGCUCCGUUCGGGUCAGAAUUGCUACGAGCAAUUAUUAGGGUUGACGUUCCCUUGCGUGCACAACCACAGAUAAGACAAUCACUUUCAUUUUGACAACCCUGAAUAACCGAAAGGGAUAGUACCAUUAUUUAUUCUGUUUCGAGAGCCACUCGCCGAGUCUUGGCAAAAUGCCAUUUUAUGACGAGACGAGGAGAGAGCAGUAUGUACUACACACAAUUUCUCGGCUUGUCUCGGAGUGUCUCGACGAGUGUGUACAGCCCGCAUUAGAUAUUUGCAGACUAAGUUGCUGGAACGAAUUCAAUCCAUCGAUCAAAUGCUGCAAUGUUGCGCAAAUCGCAGGCAAUUAUCGUUGAGAUGUGUUGAGGCCCUUAUUCAUUGACAUAUGUCUAAGGACGAGCCUUACGGGCACUAAGAAUGCUACUUGAUCAGUAUGUCACUCACGAAAUCGAGCCAAUCGUGGAAUCUAAGGCUACUAGUUGCGACCAAUCGCGCGCGUGAUGCGAACUCAUCAACCAAUCGCGUUGUGGCGUUAGACUGAACGAUUGGCUCGAAUCCGUGUGCGUGACACCACUGUACUGGCCCCAUUCUUAUUGCCCGUAAGACGCGUCCUUGGAUAAAUAUCGAUGCCCUUAUUACAGUUAGCAUCAUAGCGUGACACCCGUAACCCCUCUAGUAUUGCGUGUGUCCAUGGGCAACAGUAAUCGCUUACCAUCAGGCGAUUCGUAUUCUGGUCUCUAUCCUCUAUCAUUAAAAAAAUUGGCAUUAUAUUCUCGAGUUCUAUGCAUUCAAUGAUAUAUCUGCCAUAAAAUACAAAAGCAUUUCGUAAGCGAGUCGUGUAAUGCCCCACAGGUAAUGUCGAAGCAGGUAUUUAUAUUUACAUAUAGUCUUUUAGGUAUUGGGUGACCUUAUGGGGAGAUGAUGUAAACAAAGGUUAACUUUAACACUGAUUUAUUCUGACUCCAUAAACACAAUCUCAGAAGGUUACGUAAUUAUGUAUUUAAAUACAAGGACGGGACCAGGACCAGGCGGCGCCGCGAUAUCGAACUAGUUGAUUAAGUAUGUGGGCACUGUAUGCCUUGCGCUGAGCGACUGACUGGACUAAAUUGCUCCUUCGAACUGUAUACCGAAAAUGCUGACUCUAAAUUGCGUCAUCGCCAUGUCCCUACAGAGUGUUAGGAAAGAGAAGAGUCGUGGAAUGUAUAGGGCUUGGGUACAUUUCACAACUCGUCUCUUUCCGAACAGACAACGAAAAUUACCAUGUGAGCUUGAAAUAGUAUAUUUUUAAUUAAUUGCACUAAACAUAUAUAUCUGGAUAUAUAACAAAUAAAUAAAAUUAACAUGAAA